AUGUUUAUGUUAAUUUUAGAAUCUACGGUAGGAAGGAAAAUUCAGCUUCCUAGUCGCGGAUUGCCAGAGCGUAGUAGCAAUUGCGGCUCCGCACCAAUGGUGUUGUAUGCUAGUGAGGGUGUGAUUGAGAGUAACUUUACAUCAACCGAUUUCUUGAAGAAGCAGCAGACGCAGACCUCAUCUACGGAUAGUCAUAAAGAAGAUAAACACACGAAAAUCCUCUGCUAUUGGUUAAUCCAAGCUCAACCUGGCUAUGGAAUAUUGACGCAAUCAUUAACCUUCAAUUUACAAGAUAUCUCUGGAACUUGCCACGACUCUUACCUUUUUGCAUUUGAGGCCAAACAAAAUACUGACACACACCAGUCUAUCAGAAACGUAUCUACUCUAGAGGUUCCCUCUCUGGACCUCAGUAGAACUUCCCAGUUCAGAUUACCAGCUCUCACGCCUAUCUCUCGUGGUCGACGAUAUUGUGGAUCUUCGUCAAACCCAGUUCGUUUUGUCUCUUUGACAAAUCAGCUAAUACUUGUGGUUCGACUUAAAUCGGAAAAAGUAACACAUGAUAUGCAGAGUAGUAUAAAGUUUCGAUACGAGACUAGGCCAUUAAAUGAGCUGACUGAACUGGCUAAAGUUCAACAGUCCUACGAGCAGGAGUCUAAUGAAAAGGAAGCUAACAAAACAAGAGCCUGUGAUUCAGCUGUGGAAUGGAAGUGUAAAUAUAGUGGUACGUUAAACAUGUUUACUUGUAUACGUUUUUAG